AUGGCAAAAGGACCGCCCGCAUCCUCUUCCCCGGCCGCAACGCCUCCCUCCGGAGUGCUGAAACGAACUACUUCUAGCACUCAGAACAUGAAGAACCAGAAGUCAAUUCUAGGUUUCUUUCAGAAGUCAUCACCAUCCACUCCAUCUACUGCUCGCAAUGCUGAACCAGCUUCGUCGCCUGCUCAGAGAGUAUCGGAGCAGCGCGGGGCUGCCAGAGGGUCCGUGAAGAGCGACAAGAAGAAGAGUCUCCCACAGCUCUCGGACCUUAGCCCGGUACCAAGUAGUGAUCUAGUUGAGCCUGAGGAGGAUGAGGGCCAUAUUCAGGCGACUUCUAAUGACGCAAAGACCGAUUCCCCAUCUCGACGGCCUAAAAAGCAGGUCAACUACUUCGAGUCCGAUUCAGAAGGCGAGGAUGACGACGAAAAGAUAUUCCGCCCAGGCCGGAAAAGUAGCAAAAUAUCUAAGCGAAGAAAGUUAUCUCCCGAGAGCGAUGAUGAAUUUGAACAAGGUGGAGAUGAUGCCGGCUACUCGGACGAAGAUAUGGAUGAUUUUAUCGUUGCGGAUGACUCAGAUGAGGACGUAAAGACUUCGAAGAAGCGCAAGAGGCCAACUCAACCGAAGCCCAAGUCGUCGUCUGUACCGCCAGUCCCAUCCUUUGAGGAGGAUAUGGAUUUGAACAUUCCUGAUGCAUCUUCUGGCUCCGCGAUGAAAUGGACGUAUGAUCCGGAUAGUGCCGAGCCUCGUCAGAAUCGAACAGCCCCUGCGAAGUCGAAGAGCCCAUCUGGUAAGAAACUGAAAGCUCACGUUACAGAACCAGAGCAACGCUAUGCCUGGCUGGCAAACAUUCGGGAUAUAGAUGGCCAUUCCCCGGGCCACCCUGACUACGACCCUCGUACCCUUUAUAUUCCUCCACUGGCUUGGGCUAAAUUUUCACCCUUCGAAAAACAGUACUGGGAGAUCAAGCAGAAGUUUUGGGACACGGUCGUAUUUUUUAAGAAGGGAAAGUUUUAUGAGCUUUAUGAAAAUGACGCCACCAUUGGACACCAGUUAUUCGACCUCAAACUUACCGAUCGCGUGAACAUGCGUAUGGUGGGUGUUCCUGAAAUGAGCUUGGAUCACUGGGCAAAUCAGUUUGUCGCCAAGGGAUUCAAGAUUGCUCGCGUCGACCAAAUAGAGUCCGCCCUCGGCAAGGAAAUGCGCGAAAGAGAUGGAAAGAAAGGGGGCAAAGAAGACAAGGUCAUCAGGAGAGAGCUGUCUUCUGUCCUUACUGCUGGAACGCUGGUUGAGGGUUCGAUGCUGCAGGAUGACAUGUCUACUUACUGCGUAGCUAUCAAAGAAGCCAUCAUAGAGGAUUUCCCUGCGUUUGGGCUAGCUUUCGUUGACACAGCGACGGGACAAUUCUUCUUGUCGGAGUUUGUCGAUGAUGCCGACAUGACAAAGUUUGAAACAUUCGUGGCUCAGACUCGCCCGCAAGAACUACUUCUCGAAAAGUCCACAGUUUCACAGAAGGCACUCCGAAUUUUGAAGAAUAAUACAGGCCCCACUACCAUUUGGAACCACUUGAAGCCAGGGAAAGAGUUCUGGGAAGCGGACAUUACGGUGAAAGAAAUGGAUGUCAGCGAGUAUUUUGUUUCUGAGGACGAUGACAACCUGAAGGCGUGGCCGGAAGCUCUUCGAGCGGCUCGCGAUAAAGAACUAGUGAUGUCAGCCUUUGGGGCGUUGGUACAAUAUCUCCGGCUCUUGAAACUUGACCGUGACUUGAUCACAAUCGGUAACUUCUCCUCGUACGAUCCAAUCAAGAAGGCUUCUAGCCUAGUGUUGGAUGGCCAGACCCUUAUCAACAUGGAAAUCUUUGCAAAUUCAUUUGAUGGAGGCUCUGAUGGGACACUAUUCCAGCUUUUGAAUCGCUGCAUCACACCAUUCGGCAAGCGCAUGUUCAAGCAGUGGGUUUGCCACCCGCUGAUAGAUGCGAAGAAAAUCAAUGCCAGAUUGGAUGCUGUUGAUGCCCUUAACGCGGAUCCUAACAUUCGGGAUCAGUUUUCUUCACAAUUGACCAAGAUGCCUGAUUUGGAAAGACUGAUUUCCCGUAUUCAUGCUGCUAAUUGCAAAGCCCAGGACUUCCUGCGUGUGCUGGAGGGCUUCGAGCAAAUUGAAUACACCGUGAGUCUUCUUAAGGACAGUGGUUCUGGAGAAGGCGUUAUUGGUCAGUUGAUAAGUGCGAUGCCGGACCUGAAUGAGUUGCUUGAAUACUGGAAAACAGCAUUUGACCGCACCAAAGCAAGGGAGAAUGGCAUUCUAGUACCUAAAUCAGGCGUUGAAGAAGACUUCGACAACUCCCAAGAGUACAUCGAAGAACUCCACAACGAGCUUGAUAGUCUUCUGAAGCGGGUUCGUCGUGAGUUAGGCUCUACUGCCAUUUGCUACCGUGACAACGGCAAGGAGAUCUACCAGUUGGAGGUGCCGAUCAAGGUAAAGAACAUUCCCAAGAACUGGGACCAGAUGUCAGCAACUAAACAAGUGAAACGGUAUUAUUUCCCUGAACUUCGGACGAUCAUCCGUAAAUUGCAGGAAGCCCAAGAGACACAUAGUCAGAUUGUGAAAGAAGUCGCUGGCCGAUUCUAUGCCCGGUUUGACGAACAUUAUAUAACAUGGCUGGCAGCAGUCAAGAUUAUCUCGCAGCUGGACUGCUUGAUAAGUCUUGCAAAGGCUUCCUCAUCUUUGGGACAACCAAGUUGCCGCCCUGUCUUUGUUGAGGAUGAGCGAAGUGUACUCGAAUUCGAGGAGCUACGCCAUCCGUGCCUCCUCUCCUCUGUGGAAGACUUCAUACCGAAUGACAUCAAAUUGGGGGGUGACCGUGCUAACAUUGAUCUUCUCACUGGUGCUAAUGCUGCCGGAAAAUCCACUGUCCUUCGAAUGACGUGUGUCGCCGUGAUCAUGGCUCAGAUCGGUUGCUACUUGCCUUGCCAAUCUGCGCGAUUGACCCCCGUGGACCGCAUCAUGUCCCGUUUAGGCGCAAAUGACAAUAUCUUCGCCGCUCAGUCAACGUUCUUCGUAGAGCUUUCCGAAACCAAGAAGAUCCUCUCCGAAGCUACUCCCCGAUCUUUGGUUAUCCUCGAUGAAUUGGGUCGUGGAACCAGCUCAUACGACGGAGUGGCCGUGGCCCAAGCCGUACUGCACCAUGUUGCUACGCACAUUGGAGCCUUGGGAUUCUUCGCGACCCACUACCACUCCCUGGCGGCUGAGUUUGAAGGACACCCUGAGAUCACACCGAAACGCAUGAAGAUCCAUGUAGACGAUGAGGAGCGACGUGUUACGUUCCUGUAUAAACUGGAAGACGGUGUUGCCGAAGGUAGUUUCGGCAUGCACUGUGCCGCCAUGUGUGGUAUUUCCAGCAAGGUCAUCGAGAGAGCGGAGGUCGCCGCAAAGCAAUGGGAACACACUAGUCGUCUCAAAGAGAGUCUUGAACGCCGAAAAGGUGGUGGUUUCAUUGGGUUGGGUUGGUGGAGCGAUGUCGCCUGGGCCCUUCGAGAGUCCUCUGACGUCAAUGAGCACGAAGUCACCGAUAGAGGUCUGGACGUACUUCUUAAGGCUAUUGAAGCUCUGUGA